AUGGCAGUAGGAGGAUUGAGUACGGCGGCCGGAGGAAUAGAAUAUGAAGCGAAGAUCACUCCCAUUGUCGUUAUUUCUUGUAUAAUGGCGGCCACCGGCGGUCUUAUGUUUGGUUACGAUGUUGGAAUUUCAGGGGGUGUGACAGCUAUGCCGGAUUUCUUGAAAAAGUUUUUCCCGUUGGUGUACAAGAGGACUCAAGAGAAAGAAUUAGUAGAUAGCAAUUAUUGUAAAUACGACAACGAAGGGCUGCAAAUGUUCACGUCGUCGCUGUACCUGGCUGCUUUGAUUGCGACAUUCGCUGCGUCUUACACCACCAGACAGCUCGGGCGUAGGCUGACCAUGUUGAUUGCCGGCAUUUUCUUUAUAGUCGGCACCCUUCUCAAUGCUCUUGCCAUCAACUUCCUCAUGCUUGUUCUUGGCAGGAUCAUGCUUGGUUGUGGAGUCGGUUUUGCUAACCAGGCCGUGCCAUUGUUUCUGUCUGAGAUUGCACCAACGAGGAUUCGCGGAGCACUAAACAUCUUAUUCCAGCUUAAUGUCACAAUCGGCAUUCUCUUUGCAAACCUUAUUAAUUAUGGCACUGCCAGAAUCCAAGGAGGAUGGGGAUGGAGGCUGUCACUGGCAUUGGCAGGAAUUCCAGCAGUGUUGCUGACAUUGGGGGCGUUAUUUGUGGUGGACACUCCCAACAGCUUGAUAGAACGAGGUCGUUUAGAGGAAGGGAAGGCUGUUCUGAGAAAGAUAAGAGGAACUAACAACGUCGAUGCUGAAUUUCUUGACAUCGUCGAGGCCAGUCGUUCUGCUAAACUAGUCAAACACCCUUUUAAAAAUCUCCUUCACCGCUCAAGUCGUCCUCAGCUCAUCAUCGCUAUUUUCUUGCAGAUCUUCCAGCAAUUCACAGGCAUAAACGCAAUCAUGUUCUACGCGCCAGUUCUAUUCAACACACUAGGUUUCGGUGCCGACGCUUCACUCUACUCCGCUGUCAUAACCGGUGCCGUGAACGUUCUCUCCACCGUCGUAUCGAUCUACUCGGUGGACAAAGUCGGGCGGAGAGUUCUCCUUUUAGAAGCCGGAGUUCAGAUGUUCCUAUCCCAGACGGUGAUCGCUGUGAUCCUAGGGCUAAAACUCAAGGACCACUCCGACGAAAUGAGCAAGGGGCUGGCAAUGCUAGUGGUGAUCAUGGUGUGCACCUUCGUAUCGGGCUUCGCCUGGUCGUGGGGGCCCCUCGGUUGGCUCAUCCCUAGUGAGACUUUCCCACUCGAAACAAGGUCGGCCGGCCAGAGUGUGACUGUGUUCGUGAAUAUGCUUUUCACCUUUAUUAUAGCUCAGGCAUUCUUGUCCAUGCUUUGCCACUUCAAAUUUGGGAUCUUCUUGUUCUUUUCGGGUUGGGUUUUGGUAAUGUCUCUGUUUGUGAUAUUUUUGGUUCCUGAGACUAAGAACGUUCCGAUUGAAGAAAUGACAGAGUUGGUUUGGAAGAAACAUUGGUUUUGGAAGAGGUUCAUGGGGGGAAAUGGGAUCUAGAAUAUAUAUUGCUAGUUUUAAGAUUUUUAAAAUUUUAAAUUUGCUUAGGAAUAUUACCAAGUUAUUUACAAAUUUGUUUUUGCUUAUUAUGGUCAUUUGUAUCCCAGAUUUUGUAAUGAUUUUCUUAUUUCCACACCAACAAAAUUGAAGGAAUUAAUUUUUGUUUUUGUUUUAUUUUUUGGUUUUUUUACUAGCACUGGUUUUAGAUUAUUUA